UACAGCGAUGGCAGCGCCUACUACGGAGAGUGGCGGGGCGGCCGCAUGCAGGGCCGAGGCGUCUUCCUCUGGCCUAGCGGCGACCGGUAUGAGGGCGAGUGGCGGGACGGGUUAGAGAGCGGUACCGGCACCUUUGUCCUGGCCGACGGUAGCACCUACUACGGCAGCUGGCAGGGCGGACAGAUGCACGGCAAGUGCGUG